UUACAGAUUAUUACAGAAGUCCCGGGAAGAACUGGAUCUGAGACAAAAGCUGUUCAGAGGAUACUUAAGUGGUUGGAUAUAGUUAUUGAGUUAUUAGAUUAUAUUUAUAUCACAUUCAGGAUGAGGUCCUGUUCCCCCACAAUUAAAAUAUCAUAUUGGUAUAAAAUUACUGACUGUAGAAAGGGUCCACUAGAAGCUUUUUGAACAGUGUGUUGGAUUUACAGUAUAAACACUUUAAUGCAACAUUAGUCCUGGGGUCAGAAAUUGACACCAAUGAAGGGCGGAGGAGAUUUUACACAACCACCACCACCUGAAUGAAUUAAAUUAUUUAAACAAUAACAUUUAAUAACAGGGGAGAAGUCAGGCUAUAGUUUUUAGCUGUCAUAUGGGUUUUAGUAAAUUAUGGAGUGGUAGGCUAGUGAUUUACUAGAGAUGAGCAACCAAUAAACCUUUAUCAAUGCAUUUUAAACAUCGUGAAAUUAUUUGCAAAAUACGCAGCUAAUCGAUGAAUGAUGUGAGUAUUCUGUUGGCUGUUUUGUAAAAUCCUUAAAAAGUUAAGGAAUGUUAAAAAUGUUGAGCCACCAGAGGUGCCCAAGUAUUGAUUACUAAUAGCUACUAUCUCGUCCAUCUCAUGUAGUGCAGAUCAUUCCUCGUUCAUGUUUAAGUAUUUGUAUUUGUGAGCAUUUAUCUAGAUGCUGCAGUUAUCACCUUUUUAAGGUGAUUAUCACAUUGCUUAGUUAACACGCAGAUUAAACCUGGAAUGUCGCAGUUAUUAGACCCCGGUACUAAAACAUCAUUCAGAGUUUCCUUACGGACUUUAAAAAAUGUAACACUACUAAACUAAAGUAAACGAAGAGAGCAGAAAGGUUAAUAUUUUCAGCGCUUUAAAUUUAUGACAUGAUAACUGUUUAUGCAAAUAAAAUUAGAUUUUAAGUCAUUUAAAUUAGCUAUACACUGCCAUGUAUGAAGAAGGUAUUUCUUCAGAGUACACAGCUAUCACUCCAGCAAGAGCGGACUGUGUGUACACGAGCUGUUACUGUGAAGAGAAUGUGUGGAAAUUGUGUGAACAUAUCCAGGCUCAGGAGAUGUGUCCACUGGACGAAGUGCAUGCAGUCUUCAUAUCGAAUGAAAAUAAAGCGAUCCCUAUUUGGAAACAGAAAUCCAGCAGAGGGGGUGAACCUGUGAUAUGGGAUUACCAUGUUGUGUUACUACACUUCAACCCACAAGCGCAGAGUUUUGUGUAUGAUCUGGACACCACCCUUCCCUUCCCAUGUCCUUUUGACGUGUAUUCCAGAGAAGCAUUUCAAUCUGAUGAGCUGCUAAAACCAGAUUUUCGAAGGCAAAUGCGAGUGAUACCAGCGGUCACCUACUUAAAGAAGUUUGCAUCAGAUAGAUCUCACAUGAAGCAUUCUAACGGAACAUGGCGUAUGUCCCCACCACCAUAUCCUUGUAUAGAAACAACAGAGUGCAAAAUGAACCUGGAUGACUUUAUCAACAUGGACCCGAACGUGGGCUUUGGAAAAGUUUAUAAGCUUCCUGAAUUUGUGCAACACUUUGGAGCAAAGUGAUGAAUUUUGAAAGCAGCAAAUAAACUGUAGCAAAGUCAUGCUGAAACGUAGAAGACGAGUUGGGAUUGUCGAGGUACGGGAUAAUAGCUAACUGACCAAAUCGGUGGAUGUGUCCGAUUCUGCCUCUACAAUGUCGCAAACCCCAAUGCUCACUACACCAUGUGAAUAAGGUGCUUAUUGUAUGCGAAUGGUUUCAUUAAAUUAAAGAAGAAAAAUCUGCAGCCACUGGAGGUUUAUUUUCAGAUUGUAAAAAUUGUUUAGAUUUUUUUCCUGUAAUAACUGAUACUGAUUUAUAUUUACCAUUUUAAGUAAAAUUGUUCUUUAAGUAAUGUGUGUGGUGCACGCUAAUGUGAAACAAUCUACUGUAGCAUGGCCCAUUGGUGAAUAAAUUGCUGUAUGCGGCUGAGUUUGUUAUUGUUAGGCCAUUACAGAGUCGUUUAUCUUCACAACUGCGGUAAUUGUUUUGCUAAUGUGUUACCUCCUGCAUUUUUCCUUAAACAAAGCAGCAAAGCAGUGGGAGUCGUAAAAUUUAUUGAUGGUCUAUGUUCUUGUACAAAGGAGAAGAGUAGGUAUACAGUACAAAUAAUAAAAAUGCUGUUCUGAAUUAUA